ACUCUCCUCAAUAGCUAUAUUGGUGGUGUAUUCCCUUCCUGGGGAUGGUUUACGGUCGUUUACUCAAAGCUCGGAAAGCCGUAUGCUUACGUCUAUCUGUUCAUAGUCUGGGGUUCAGGAAUCAACCAAGCGUUAUCGGUAUCGAUGCUGGCCGCAAAUCGUCUCUCUGCUAUUAUUUUCCCACAAGGAUAUCAUAAGUUAUGGAGUGGGCAACGUUUAAAAAUCGCUGUGGCUAUGCAAAUUGUUCCCGGAUAUACAGUCCCUCUUGUUAUCCUCAGUAACGAUGUAGGGUUCGAAACAACUGACUAUGGAGACUACAAACCUUCCGCGGAAGAAAUGGAAGAGAUAGGAAGACAUUACGUUUUCGACGUUUACGUCAUCACUGGCAGUCAGAAACUUGGAAACGCUCUGAAAAACUCUGAAACUACA